GUAUCUACCGUAUCCAAGGGGCGUCCGUUGAUUAACGCCGCUCUCGAGUGCCGACAUGUCCCUCGCAGCCGCGUCGCACGCCGCGGCGCUGUGCAGGCCGACCGUCUCCGGGACGUCCAGGUCCCGACCGGCGGCAUUCGCGAGUUGCGAACAACAUCGCGGGAGGCUCGACGCCCCCGGAGUCGCGUCGGUCGCGCCCGCGUCGACCGUCAGGCUCGCGCGGGGGCGCCGGGGCCGACCGAGCACCACCGUCACCCGAGCGCACGUGGGAGACCCGGAGUGGUUCGCCAACCAGGCGCUCGCCGCGGGCGUGAUCCUCGCGGGCUUCGUCGCCACCGGAGGCCUGGAGGAGCUCGGGCUCGGGAGCCCGAGCGACGGGAGCGAAGACGGGCCGGGGGAGCCGUGCAGCUACUGCGAGGGCACGGGGCGGACGGAGUGCCAGUGCACGAGAUGGAGCGACGACGGCGAGGGUUGCGCCAGCUGCGGAUACACCGGCGUGUCCAUCUGCCCGGCGUGCCGCGGGGGGGGUCGCGCGGUGCGGGUGACCCUCGAGAUCCCGGUGGAGACUGAGGAACAGACCAAGGAGCAGUUGAGGCAGAGGGACGAGCAGCGACGGUUCGUGAACGGCUCGAGCCGCGGGUUCAAGCUCCCCGGCGUCGCGGUUCACGCGUCCACCACGCUGGAGCCCGACUCGCUGCCCCGCUCGUGGGGCGCCGCCGCCGCCGACGCCGCCGUGGGAGCGGAAAAGUCCGGGGGUGCCGGGUCCAACGGGUCCAACGGCGACGACGACCCGGCCUCGUCCAAGGACGACGACUUCUACGCUCAGUCGGGCGAGGCGAUCCGGACGUUGAGGGAGGAUUACCCGGACCUGCUGGACAGGCAGCUGACGUGGGGCAUCUACAGGGACGACGUCGGCCUGGUGGACAACACCGGCGAGUGGCACGACCGCGGGCACGUCGUGGCGAGCGGCAUCGGCGAGUACAAGCGGACGCACAAAUGGCUGAGGACGGCGGCAUCCAUUCUCUUCUCGCACGUGGAGGUUAACGUGGUCAGGAUCUGGUCUCCGCUCGGGUCGUCCGGGGUGCGCACCAUAAAGGUGAGGUGGAGCAUCACCGCGAAGCUCCGCCUGGUUGGUAACCUGACGGAGGACUGCCACUUCGACGGCAUCAGCGAGUACAAGCUCGACCGCGCGGGGUUCAUCUACCAGCACUCCUUCACGGACCUGGACUGGGACGUGGCACAGAUGAAGGAUAGGAUCGCCGCCCUGUCGUUUGGGCAGAUGAGGCAGCGGGAACCCCAGCUUGGCUCGGGGCAGUGGUUCAAGGGAAUCGUCCCGGAGGGAUGGUGGAACCACUGAUGAUUGUUUGUAUCUUCUUUGUUUUGAACACGACAUGUAAUACCCAAUCUAGAUAGAUGAGAC